AUGCCGCCGCGCCUCAACAAACGCCAGCAGCGCGAGCUCGAAGAGCUCGAAGCCUUGCGCGCCAUCCCCUCAAACGAGCCUACGAACGACCGAGAGGAUCUUGAACGCGAAGGAGAUGGCUCUGAUGAUGAUCCCGAGAUGACGCUCCCGUCCCGAGCUCGUGCCAGUGCCACUGGGUUCUCUGCCGCAAGUACACCGGACGACCUCGAGAGCGAGGACGAUGUGGCUCCCGCUGCUGCCAAGUCCGCAAAGAAGAAUAAGAAUAAGAAGAAGAAAAAGGCCGCUAAGGCCGUGACGGAUCCCACUGCGGUGUCGACACCAGCUACGCCAGCUACCCCUACGAGUCAAUCUAAGAGCGAGAAAAAGGCCGAGAAAAAGGCCCGGACAAAGGAGAAGAAAGCAGACAGAGACGAACUCGAUCAGGCGCUUGCAGACCUAUCUCUCAAAUACCCGGAACUCCAAAAACUCGCAGAUACACCAACAUCGCGCGGAGGGAAUGGGAGCGCCGGCGCCUCCGACCGUUCCUUAGCCUCCCUCCUCGCUGUGUCCACCGCUCACCUCGACGCCGAGGGCGAGAUGCGGAAGUUCUUCGGCGCGAAGGUCGUGCAGGCCUCCAAAUCCUCCUCGUCCUCCUCUUCAUCCGGUGCCCGCAGAGCCGCAGCAGCCAGCGCUGCAGCGCGGUCGGUGCUCACGCGCCCGCAGGCGACGUGGUGGCCCGCAAAGUUGCGCGAGGGCCUCUCGAUCCGCGCGCUGACGGACGAGGAGUGGGCGGCAAGGGUAGAGAGACAUCAGUGGCAGGAUGGUCCUCAGGAGAGGUGGUGGAAGGUGGAGUACAGCAAGAAGUAUAAGAGCGUCACGCUUGCGUUCAUGCAGACGGUUCUGUCCGGAGAUCCUGAAGGCUUUUGGAACCUUCUGCGCCAUCUCCCCUGGCACGCAGACACGCUCCUUCAAUUAGCCGAGGUCUACCGACACAGAGAGGAAUACGCACAGGCCGUCGACUUCGUAGACCGCGCGCUGUUUACCUACGAACGAUCCUUCGUCGGCGCAUUCAGCUUCACCAAUGGCAUGAACAGGCUCGACUUUGACUACGUCGAGAACCGGCCGUUUUUCCUCGCCGUGCACCGACAAGUCAUAGACCUGCAACGCCGGGGCUGCGUCCGAACGGCGUUCGAGUUCGCCCGCCUCCUCCUCUCGCUCGAUCCCUGGGAGGAUCCGCACGGCGCGUUCUUCCACCUCGACUUCCUAGCGCUCAAGGCGGGCAUGGGGAGCUGGUUGCUCGAGAUGUACGAUCUGCAUGCGUUGAAUAAUUCUUCAAGUUCGAAGGAAGGAACACAGCAACAAAAUGGGCGGUUGAACCCAACUGUGCUGCCCGGCUGGUUGUACGCGCGCGCGCUGGCGAUACGGUACGACGAGGAUUCGCGGAAGGAUAAAAUGCACGAAGGGAGCACGGCGGCGCUGCGGCUCGCGGUGACAUCGUUCCCGUCGGUUGUGCCGCUCCUCGCAGACAAGAUCGACGCAGCGAUACCCGACUCGGUGCGCGCCCAUGUGGAUUUCAGGAUACAAACAGAGGGAAGCUCGCUGACGCCUGAAGACGCGGUGCUUCACCUCCUCUCGCACGCGUACGUGCAGCGGUCGGCGCCGCUGUGGAAGGCAGACGCCGCUCUUGCGCGGUGGUUCGCGGACACUGUCGUCUCCUCUUUCCCCUCCCUCACCUCCUCUCCAACCUCCUCCUCGUUCCUCCCCUCGCUCUCCUCAUCCACCCUCCUAAAGCAGCCUGCCUACACGCACUUCCUCGCCACCUUUGCCUCGCGCGCGCUCCGGUUCUCGGUCUACCGGCACACCAUGGUCCUCGAAGCUACGCACCGGCGCCUCUUCGCGUUCAUACCGAAGGAUGUGUUGAGUGCGAAGGCGCUAGCGUGCGACCCGCUGCCGCCGCCGACGGCAGUGACAGAGUAUACGGAGGAUUUUUUCAGGGGCAGCGAGGAUGUGUUCUCGGCGAGGCAUCGCAGCCGGCAGCAGCGCGCAGCGGACGAGCGACGGCUGGAGCGCAUGAUUCCCGACGCGGCGUUCCGCCAGCAGCUUCAAGCAUUCUUCGAUGGGAACCCGAAUAUUGCGGAGCAGUUCCCGGGCGGGGUGGUGCAGUUUGCGCAGAAUGCGGCGAGGCUGCCGCCGGAUGUGCUGGAGGGGAUGAUGAUUGCGGAGCUGAACGCACGGGGCGGGCAAGGGGAUGGCGGGGAGGAGUGGGGAGGAGCCGAGGGAGGUGGAUUCGAUGAGGGAGACGAGGGAGAGGGAGGGGAAGGAGAGGAAGAUAGCGAGGAGGAGGAUAUCCCUCCCAUGGCCGUGCGGGUCCUGCGCAACAUUGUCGGCCGGUUCUGGGGCGGCGCGAACAGGCAAGGAGAAGAGGAUUCGGAUAGCGAGGACGAUAGUGAUAGUGGGCGGCGGCUACCGGACCUAGUCGAUCGCGACGGCGUGGAUUGA